AUGGGCAUAGGCAAUCAUCAUACCGGUAAGGUCAUAGAGACCUGUGUGGCGCAACUAAAGUCAUUAGUCAACCAGUACAACGUCACAUCAGGCUUUUUAGUAUUACCACAAAUAACAAGUCACAUACCUAAAUUACCUAUAGAUACUACACAAAUACAAAUACCUAAAGGCAUCCAAUUAGCAGAUCCAAAUUUUCACCAACCUGCGCCGACUGAAAUACUCAUCGGUGCCGAUCUUUUCUGGUUGAUUCUUGGCCGCAAGACUCACUCUCUCGGUCCUACUAAUCCAAAGUUAAGAAGCUCUCAGUUUGGUUGGAUUAUUUCGGGUUCUAUGACUACAAUAAAUACAUCACACAAAAACAUAACAGUACAAUGUAACCAUUCCAUAAUAUCGAAAAGACUUAAUGAUGACUAUAUUAAAAUUCACAAUGACCUUACUAAACUCCGGGAACUUGAAGAAGUUCCACUAAGAUCCAAAUUGAGUGAAAGCGAGAAGGCAUGUAAAUCUCAUUUUCUAUCCCACAUUUUCCGCCCAGAGUCCGGUAGAUUCUUAGAGAGUUAA